UGUCCCAGAAAGGAAAAGGAGAAAAUGGCUUAUCCCAAGCGUCUGCUCCUCCAUCCAACCUCCUACGGAGGCCCAGCCUUCCAUCUUCAAUAGAGACCAAACAACUAUCCUGCCUUACCCGUUCUCGCUCUCUGCAACUCUUCUAUUUCAAAGUGGAAGAACCCAAAACCCUCUCCUGAGUUCAUGAAAUGGAAGGUACUCUCUUCCCAAUCAAACCAGUGUAUCCCAUCCUAAAGAACAAACCAACACCGCCAAACCCACCUCUGAAAUUCAGCUCAGCAAAACUGCCUCCGCCUCCUUUUCCUCCUUCCUCUUCUCAUCUCUCUUUCCAUUUUGAUUCUCUCCUCCAACACCUCCUCCAUCUCUCUUCUCCACCCAAUUCUACUGCCCAGAAGCUAAAUGGCACUAAAUUCUCUUCUUCUCUUCAAAUUUCUAAUGAUUCAGCUCAGAAAAGAAAUCCCAUUUCAGCCCUUCAAUUUGAAGUGGACAAAGAAGAGGGUGUAUCGAAUAAUGGGUCUCUUGAUUACUUGUCAACAAAGGGUAAGUUGAUACUUGAUUCCAUUAUGGAACAGCCAUUGCAUAGUUUGAGUGCUUUCUUUGAUUCUUGCAAAUAUGAGCUGCUUCAAGUUGACUUGAUCUGUCUCUUGAAAGCAUUGGACUAUUCUGGCAACUGGGAAAAAGCCCUUUCAUUGUUUGAAUGGACAGUUCUGAAUUUAGGAGCUGCAAAUGAGAAACUAGAUAAUCGGGCUAUCGAACUGAUGGUCAGGAUUCUUGGUAGAGAGUCGCAGCAUUCUAUUGCAUCGAAGCUGUUUGAUAUAAUUCCCCUUGAUGACUACUUGCUAGAUGUUCGGGCAUACACAACUAUUCUUCACACUUAUUCUCGUACUGGCAAGUAUAAGAGAGCAAUUGAAAUAUUCGAGAAAAUGACCGAGUCAGGUUUGUCACCAGAUUUAGUUACUUACAAUGUCAUUCUGGAUGUUUAUGGGAAAAUGGGUCGGUCAUGGAGCAAGAUUUUAGGCCUUUUAGAUGAGAUGAGAAGCAGAGGACUUGAGUUCGAUGAGUUUACUUGCAGUACUGUAAUAUCUGCUUGUGGGAGAGAAGGCCUGCUAAAUGAAGCAAAAGACUUCCUUACUGGAUUGAAGUCUCAUGGCUAUGUACCAGGUACGGUCACAUAUAAUGCUUUGCUGCAAGUGUUUGGCAAGGCAGGGAUGUACUCGGAGGCCUUGACCAUCUUGAAAGAAAUGGAGGAUAACAAUUGUCCACCUGAUGCUGUGACUUAUAAUGAGAUUGUUGCAGCUUAUGUUAGGGCAGGGUUCUAUGAGGAAGGAGCUUCUGUCAUUGAUGCAAUGACUUGUAAAGGAAUCAUGCCAAAUGCUGUCACAUACACUACCAUGAUAAAUGCUUAUGGCAGAGCAGGGGAGAUGGACAAGGCUUUAAAGUUGUUUGACCAGAUGAAGGAGAUGGGUUGUGUUCCUAAUGUUUGUACUUACAAUGCUGUUCUGGGAAUGCUAGGAAAGAAGUCACGAUCAGAAGAGAUGCUGAAGAUACUUUGUGAUAUGAAAUUAAAUGGUUGUGCUCCUAAUCGUAUCACAUGGAACACAAUGCUUGCCAUGUGUGGUAAUAUGGGUAUGCAAAAAUAUGUUAAUCAGGUUCUUCGGGAAAUGAAAAGUUGUGGGUUUGAGCCUGAUAAAGACACAUUCAAUACUUUGAUUAAUGCAUAUGGAAGGUGUGGUUCUGUUAUUGAUGUUGCUAAAAUGCUUGAGGAGGUGAUUGAAGCAGGGUUUACUCCAUGUGUUACUACAUAUAAUGCACUUCUGAAUGCUCUGGCACGACGAGGAGAUUGGAGAGUGGCAGAAGCAGUCAUCCUAGAAAUGAAAAAUAAAGGUUUCAAGCCCAAUGAUACCUCAUACUCAUUGAUACUUCAUUCCUAUGCAAAGGGUGGAAAUGUGAAAGGGAUAGAAAGGAUAGAGAAAGAUAUUUAUGAUGGUCACAUCUUUCGCAGCUGGAUGCUUUUGAGAACCCUUGUUCUUGCAAACUUCAAGUGUAGAUCACUAAUGGGAAUGGAAAGGGCAUUCAAGGCAUUGCAGAAACAUGGUUACAAGCCAGAUUUAGUUUUAUUUAAUUCUAUGCUUUCAAUUUUUGCAAAGAACAAUAUGUAUAAGCGAGCUCAUAAAAUGCUGCAUUCGAUUCAUGAGAGUGGGUUGCAGCCUGAUCUCAUCACCUACAAUAGCUUGAUGGACAUGUAUGCCAGAGGAGGAGACUGCUGGAAAGCGGAAGAGAUUCUCAGGAUGCUACAAAAGUCUGGUGGGAAACCCGACCUUGUUUCAUAUAACACUGUCAUUAAAGCAUUUUGUAGACAAGGACUUAUGCAGGAGGCUAUAAGAAUCCUAUCAGAGAUGACAUCAAUAGGAAUUGUACCAUGUAUUUUUACAUACAAUACUUUUAUUACGGGCUAUGCUGCACAAGGAAUGUUUACAGAAAUAAGUGAUGUGAUUAGCUACAUGAUUAAGCAUGACUGCAGACCAAAUGAGCUAACCUACAAGAUUGUGGUAGAUGGUUAUUGUAAAGCAAAACAAUAUAAAGAAGCCAUGGACUUCGUUUCAAAGAUUAAGAAUAUAGAUAGCUCUUUUGGUGAUAUGUCCGUGCGAAGACUUGCUUCUCGGGUGCGCACUAAUCUGGCAUCAUGACUCCAUGAAGUAACCCACUUAGAUUCUUUAUGUUAAUCACUUGGGGAGCUUCAGGGAAAGUCAAUUCUGAAGGAAAAAAAGUGGAAUUCUUUCUAGUCUUCUUCAGUUAGCUCCAAUUCAAACUGGAGGAUA